AUGAGCUCCAGCAAAAGGAUGCCCUUUCGUAAAAGAUGGCGCAAAUUGCUUCCUUCAUCUGAACCGUCGGAGGUAUCUGACGGAGGUUCACCCAGCGUCUCUCAAGUACCGCCUCAAGACGCUCAACAAGGUCCAUCCACAGCUACGGGUGGCAUAAUCCUAUCCCCUGGAAACACUACGGUUCAGUCUCAAGUUUGGAACGAUGCCUACGCUAGUCUAAAAGCCGAGGAACUCCGUACAGUGGAAGCUUACGAGAGGAUCUUAUCUGGUCAACUGACAAGUGGUGUCGAAGCUACAAGUGUCGAGGGAUAUCCCGACAACUUUCUGGGAACAGCAGAGGAUAGACGAACCAAAAUGGCCAAGCUGAUUGAGGAUGGAAAGUCAAGAACCGAACGAGUCGCAAAAGCCAAAGAGAAUAUCAAUGAUGUGGUCCAGCCCUUCAAUCAACUGCGAAGUACAAUAUCUUUGGUUGUCAAAGCAGACCCUACGGCUUCAACAGCAUGGGUGGGCAUUGCCGCCGUGCUUGGUAUCUUUGCGUCGCCACUUACCGAGCCUGGUGCAAAUCGAGAUGGUAUGAAGUAUAUUCUCGAACGCGCGGAAUGGUACUGGAAUCUGUCUGCACUUAUACUAGAUGCAGAUAAGAUCGACGAAUCCCUGAAGUCUUUGCAAGGUUCUCUUAAGAAGAGCAUUGUGAAGCUUUACAAAAAAUUGUUGCUUUAUCAGAUGCAGAGCGUUUGCCUCUACAGUUGCUCCGAGGUGGCGACUAUUCUGCGCGACUUCGUGAAGCUGGAUGACUGGGAAGGAAAGAUCAAAUCCAUUGAGAAGGAAGCAUUACGCGUCGAGCAAAGCAUAAGACAGCUUCGAGAUGAAGAUGAAACUAGUCAACUGCGGAAUCUCAACAUGCGCCUCCAAGAUGGUUUUCAGGCACUUGCAACAGUGAUUCAGGAUAGUGGUAGCCAGCAGCGCGAGCUACGGGAGGAAGAGAAAGACAGGCAAUUCUUGAGCCAGCUACAUGAUACAGAUCCCGCUGCGGGAAAAAAGGCUAUUGAGACGCUGAAAGGGGGCAUUGUGAGAAAGGCACAUGAUCUUGUCUUCGAGCAAAGCAAUUUCGAAACACUGCAGCAAAAUAGCUCCCCAGGCAUCAUGUGGACCACUGGAAAUGCUGGCAGUGGGAAGACCAUGUUUCUUUGUGGUAUAGUCGAUCGCCUUCUGGAAAAACCGGAAUGUGGGGUGGUCAGCUACUUCUUUUGCCGGGCUGACCACCCGCAGACAAGGACAGUAAAGGCAGUUCUCCGUGGGCUUCUGUGGCUCAUCUGCACCCAGAGCUGGGCUAUCACACGUCGAUUGAGGGUGGAAUACGAACACAAGAUGCAGAGUCUGACUGAAUUUGACGAUACUGUGGCAUUUGUCAACCUUGAGGACAUGCUGGGCAAGGCCCUCAAUGCACCCAGCAUGAGCCGAGCAGUUAUCAUCGUCGAUGCUAUUGACGAAUGCGACGAGAGGAGUAUCAGAAUGAUCCUAAAGACCAUUGGACAGCUCUCACAAAAGCACCCUGCGCAAUGGAUUAUGUCCACGCGAACCUCGGAGAUUUAUCGCAGCUUUUUGCCAAUUGAUGCACCUACUACGUAUCUAGAGCUGAACAAAACAGUUAUCUCAAAAGCUGUAGCUGCGUUCGUCGCUUACAGCGUGGGGACGCUAUCAGAACGCAAUGGAUAUGAUCAUGAGAUCAAACGUUACGUUGAGGAAACAUUGUGUUCGAAAGCUGGUGACACGUUUCUGUGGGUGGCACUCGUGUGCCUCGAGCUCGGGGACUUGGGUUCCGGGACGCGGCAUGUGAAACGAAUCCUUGACGAGGUGCCGCAGGGUCUUACCCAGUUGUACGAACGCAUACAUGACAAAGCUAUGAAAUCGGUUGACGGCGUUGUAUGUAAAGAGAUUCUGCGGCUGGUGUGCUUUACAUACCGUCCAUUGGCACUUGACGAAUUACAAACUCUCGUUCCCUCUCUAGAGGGUAUGCCGAGUGGGGACCUCAGAGGAGUGGUAUCUAACUGCGGGUCAUUCUUCAGCCUACAAGGUCAUGAGAAUGACCUGGUGAUUGCAACAUUUGUUCACGAAUCUGCGAGAGAAUACUUGAUUAUGACAGCCGAAAACGAAUUAUCUCCUGAUGGUAUCACGGAUCAGCAUCAACUUGUUCUUCAUAAGUCACUAUCAAAUAUGAAGGCGCUGACACGGAACAUCUAUCAACUUCCAUCUUUAGGAACGGCUAUUGAUGAGGUCAGUAGGCCGGAACCUGAUCCGCUCUCGCCGUUAUGCUACAGUGGUCACCAUUGGUUGGAUCAUGCAAAUCACAUCCUCCAACAAGGAAAUUGGCAGGCAUCAGACAAUAGAGUCAUAGAGGGUUUUAUCUGCCAUGAUCUGCUCCAUUGGAGCGAAAUGCUCAGCCUGUCAAGAAAUAUGGCCCAAGGCACAGCUGACUUCCAGCGGUUCAACAAGUCUUACAAAGCAAACUACAUGUCAGAGUCUGGUCAAACUGCGAAGCUAGUUGAACAGGCGUAUCGUUUUCUUCUUUACAACAAAUCAUUCAUUGAACGUGCGCCUUUGCAAGUCUACGCGUCCGCCCUUCUGUUCUGCCCACAGCAGAGCAUGAGCGAAAUAAAAAGCCGAUACCAACACGAGUUGCCAGAUAUAUCGAUACAUCCUGAACGUGAAGAAUCCACAUUUUCGCAGCUUACCCAAGAACUCCCAGUCUCAGGUCCUCCUCAUCACAUAUCAUUUGCUCCUGAUGGUAAUUUCCUUGCCGCCACACAUGGUACGGAAUUGGAUGGUACCUUUCCACAAGAGCACUUUCUAGAGGUUUGGGACAUAUUGGCUAGUCAUCGUGUUCUGUCAGUCAACGUUGGGAGCCGUAUUCGUGGCCUGGACUUUUCAGAAGACGGAACUAGGGUUUUUGCGGUACUGGAGGAUGGUACUGUGAACCAGUUUGCAACCAAAUCUGGGAUAUUGAUGGAAAGCAUCAGGUACCCAUCGCAUGUUCGGAACGCUUGCUUUUCGCCAAACAAAAAAGUGACCGCACUAAAGGUCUUCGAACCAGAAAGCUGUCAGAGAUCCUUAGUGGUGUUGAAUUCCAAAACUGGGAAAGUUGUUUGCUCGAUAGCCAACGCGGACAAUUUGAGCUUUGCGCCAGACAGUUCUCAAAUGGCAGUCUUAUUGCUCACUCGAUCUAGCCUUGGCAUAUGGUCAUCUAGAAUUGAUCUAUGGUCCACUGAUGAUUGGAGCUUAAGCCUGACGAUCUCGCUACAAGACGAAGUUGAAGACAUGACAUUCUUUGGCUCUGACAAAGUUGCCGUGCGCAGUAUAGAGAAUAUCAUUUCAAUUCUUUCAACUGCAGAUGGCUCUAGAACUGUGGGCUUCUCUUCAUACCCUACAUCAACGUCAAUGACAUGGUUGGGUUCUGGGUUGAGCUAUUUGUGUCGUUGCGGCGAUGGCACGAUGAGGAUUUAUGAUCAUACUGGGAUGGAUUGUGUACAGUCUUUUCCUGCGUUGCCCAUGCUCAGAUUGAGCAUAGAAGAGGUGUCAAGUACCUACACUUUCUCUGCUACUUCGAAUUUUCUGGCAGUGGCCGAGGAAAAGGGAAUCAGGAUAUGGGACUUGAAGAUGCAGGAAGGCUCAAUUCCUCACAAUCGACUUUUUACCGAAACAUGGGACUACUUGAGGCCGGUGAUGACUUUCUCACCAAGUAGAAACAAUAGCACCUUACUUGCCUUCACAUCCCGGCGCGCUGUAGGGAUACGAACAAUACGACACGGAAAGGUCGUAAGCAUUCCCACACUUCCUGUCAAAUCUCUUCACUCCCCCUUUUUUAGUCCGAAUGGUAAGACUAUAGCCUAUUCCUUAUAUAACCGACGACUCCAAAUUUGGGAUAUAGACAACAGUACUGUGUCUAUCGAGCGAAAGUUCGACACGAUCUUCGAUUUAAGUUUCUCCCAUGAUAGUACAUCUCUGGCAGUGGCUGGUGGUUCAGAAGGCGUUUCUCUUUGGGAUAUCACAACAUUCGAAAUCAAGGGAAUUAUACCUAUAUAUGCCGAGAAGGUCAUUUACUCACAUGUUGGCCAGCUCCUGGCUAUUGUGGAUUCCGAGAGCGUGCAGGUCUGGUCAGUGGCGCCGGUACAGGACAUUCAUAAAUUACAUUCCUAUAAAUUAGUCUCUGGGCACAGAAACUGGGUGUUCGUUGAUUUUUCACCUGACGACCAAUCGCUGGUUAUAGUCGUUUCUGAGCAAGGACGCGUGUUUACUCAUAAUGAACAUGUCCUACUAUGGCGCUUGAGCGAAUCUGCGCCUCGAUGUCAGCUUGCUUGGGAUGCAGGGCCGGAACUUAUCCAUAAGUGGAAGUCCUCAGCAAUAUCUGCCGAUGGCAAUUUGAUUGCUGUUGCCCUUAGUCAUUGCGUUUGGGUAUGGGACCUGCGCUUCCCCGUUACGUCGCAACCAUUGACAAUCCAAUUAUCGUACAAGACGAGAAAGUGUUAUUUCGAUUCUGAGAGCACGCGACUGCUGGUGGAUGGUGGCGCCAUUACGAUCAACCUCGAUCUACGUCAACUACGAUAUUACGGCUAUGGUCUAAGUGACGAUCGUGCGUGGAUUACUAAGAACAACCAAAAACUACUAUACUUAACACAAAACUUCAGACCAGCGUAUCGAGCCAAAGCCACUUCAUUUGACUCAGUGGCAUUUAUGGAUUCUACAGUAGCAAUUAUUAACCAAUCUGGACACAUUCGGAUUUUGCGGUUUUAUGAUGAUGUAGGUAUCGAGGAUAAUCGUUGGAAGAAAUAG